AUGUCAAUGAGUCCUCAAGAGUUCACAAGCAGAAGAAUCAGUAAAAGAACCACUGAGUUCAAUAUGUUGGUCAUUGGAGAGAACGGAACGGGAAAAAAACUGUUCAUCAACACUUUAUGUGAACAAACAGUUUUUGAACUGUCAAUUUCAGAACCCUCCGACAGUUAUAUUGGCUUCAGUAAUCGGGAAGUUAUGAUGGUUAAGCAUUCACCUAUCAGAUUGAACGUGUAUUUGACCAAAAACUUCCGUUAUAAUUUGAAUAACGAUACCAACAAUGAAGAAAUCAUGAAAUUUCUUGUUUCUCGGUUCGAAACCAAAUUGGUUGAAGAGUCUAAGACCACCAGAACCAAGCAAGAUAAUCUCAUUCAUCUCGUUGUGUUUCUCAUGGAGCCCAGAGGGAAAAAGUUGAAAAACUCCGAUAUCUCACUAAUUAGAAGUAUCCAGAAAUACGCUAAUGUCAUGGUAAUCAUCACCAAGGGUGACUUGAUGACUGAGGAUGAUAAGAAGGUACAAAAGCAAUUGAUCAAUCUGUCGAUUGAGGAGAAUGGCUUGAAAACCUAUGAUUUCUCGUUGUAUGAGGAAGAUCCAGAUACCUUGAAGUAUUUGACCUACUUGCAACACAAACAACCAUUCACUGUGAUCAAUUCCAACAAUUGCAGUCUUCAUACUGCCAGUUCCAGCCAUAACACUACCAGUUCCAGUCAUAACACUGCCAGUUCCAGUCAUAACACUGCCAGUUCCAGCUAUCAAAUGCGUACCACCAAUUUCAACAUCGAUAUCGCCAAACACAGCGAUUUCAGUCUCUUAAGAGAUAUCAUCUUCGAGAUGAACUUGUCAGAGUUUAAAGAUGUUACAAAUAACUAUAUUUAUGAAAGGUUUAGAACUGAAAAAUUAACAAAUUGA